AUGGUGAGUAGCUUUGUCAAGAAGUUCUUGUUCUGUGGAGCAAAGGGGUUUCCCUCCAUCUCGGACGACUCUCGAGUGGUGCCUGUGGCACAAGCCGGUCAAGUCCGGGUGUACGUUGGUAGAGACGUUAACAUGAUGUGCAAGUUUGAGAUUGAAGCCAAUUACCUAAACCACCCACUUUUCCAGAGUCUACUGGAGCUCUCUGCCGAGCAAGAGUUCGGUUAUUCAUACGAUGGAGCCCUAAGAAUAGCCUGCGACGUCGAUCUCUUCCUCUACAUUCUUCGUCUCCUUGAAACCAGCAAUCCCUCCGCCCAUUAUAUGGAGCUUUCCGAUCUCAUUUCCAAGUUCCAUAGCACUACUAGUGCUACUGCAACUAAACCUGCUACUGCAUGCUGCCUUUUAUAA